UACACCUUGUUCCGGAUGAGAAUCACCCAAGGAAAUCAUAUCAUGGAAGUUUGAACAAAAUCUACGUGUCCACAGGAUGAAGCCUCAAAAUAUUCAAUCAAAUGAAAUGUUUUACUGAACUCCACGACACCACAAGCAUGUAUGGGACCCACCAUAUAAAGACGAGAUGAGCAGUAUUAUCUUUUUCUCGUAUUUCGCUUCUGUCAGUAAAUCUUCUUUCAGUCGAGAAUUCACUUUCGAGUGUAAGAAUUUAUUGUCGGUGCAUCCUUCUUUCUGAAGCGGUGGUUUCACUAUUUGCAGGAGCCAAAACAGGUGCUAAUCGAAUCGCCUUGCCGUAAAAUUAUCUGCAGUUAAAUUUGUCGAAAUCUCUUACGUGAAGCGAAAUUUGGCGAGAUAUAGGAGUCAACAGUUGAAGGCAUUCGUGCAUCGUUUUCCUUCUGACACAGAUUUGGAUCCAUAUAGGAGUAUAAUAUGAGCAGCCAUACUGGUAGUUCAUCUCCAUCCAAAUCCACUUUUGAAUAUGAGUUGUUGGAAGGAGAUGCUGAAAACCUUAAGACUGUUGCAGCACCACCCAUCCAAUCUAAUCCCUGGAUUGACCCUGGAGCCUUAAGGAUUACUCAUAGAAUUGGCAGGGGUCCAUUUGGUGAUAUAUGGAUUGCAACUCUUCAUUAUACAGAGGGUUAUGAUGAACCGCAAGAAGUGGCCGUUAAAAUGUUAAAGUUCAUGAGCGAAGAACAAGUUCAGCCUUUCAUGGCGAAAUUUCAGAAUGUGUUUUACAAGUGUCGGGAAAAACAACAUGUCUGUUGGCCAUAUGGUCUAUCUCUAAAACAGGAGAAGAUCUGUAUAGUUAUGAAGCUUUAUGAAGGCUCUGUGGGAGACAAAAUGGCUCAACUCAAAGGAGACCGACUUCCCUUAUCAGAUAUCUUAAGGUAUGGCACUGAUGUGGCACAAGGUGUGUUAGAGCUUCAUUCUCAAGGGAUCCUGGUUCUUAAUCUUAAACCUUUCAAUUUACUUCUUGAUGAACAUGACCAAGCAGUUCUAGGAGACUUUGGUAUUCCAAUGCUACUUCAGGGAAUUCCAUUGUCAAGUUCUGAUUUAACACUAAGACUGGGCACACCAAAUUAUAUGGCACCAGAGCAAUGGGAGGCAGAUGUAAAAGGUCCAGUUUCAUGGGAAACAGAUUGCUGGGGAUUUGGGUGUAGCAUUGUAGAAAUGUUUACAGGAAUCAGGCCUUGGUAUGGGAGAUCAGCAGAGGAAAUUUAUGCUGCAGUAGUUAUCAGGCACGAAAAGCCAAAAGUUCCGAGCGGAUUGCCUUGUGCUAUUGAAAGUAUUCUCAAAGGUUGCUUUGAGUAUGAUUUUCGGAAUCGACCAUCAUUUGCAGACAUACUCUUUGCUUUAAAAAACAGCCCGAAUGCAAUAUUUGGUGAUAGUGGAUGGAUUUGUGCUAGAGACAAGAGUGAAUUGAAAGGAAAUGAUGUUCAGAACUGCAACUGGCUAUUUUUAAAGGACAAGCUUCAAGUUGGGGAUUAUGUGCGGUCAAGAAAGAUUGCCAAUUUGAAACAAACGAAGGACAUGAGUAUUGUGGAGGGGACGAUAGUUGGAAUGGAUAGUGAUAUGUAUGUGCUUGUAAGGGUGCAUGGCUUGCAUGACCCUAUGAGGAUGCAUUCCAGUCAUCUAGAGAGAGUUUCUCUAGGCUUUGGUGCAGGAGAUUGGGUUCGGUUACAUGGAUCACAUUUGCAGAAUUCAGGAUCUGGGGAAAAACAAUCUCCUGUUGGUAUUUUACACUCGAUAAGCCGUGAUGGGAAAGUUGAAGUGGCUUUUCUAGGGCUUGAGACACUUUUGACAGGACACUGUUCUGAACUUCAGAUGUCUGAAUCAUUUUCUGUUGGAGAAUUUGUGAGGGUUAAACUUGGUAUUAGUUCUCCGAGGUUUCAGUGGCCUCACCAAAAAAAUGGCUGGGACACAGGUAGGAUUGAAUGGAUUUUUCCAAAUGGGUGUCUUAUGGUGAAGUUUCCAGGCCGUCUUUUUGGAAAUGUGCCUUGCUUGGCAGAUCCAGCUGAGGUAGAGCUUGUACAAUUCAAGAACUGUGUUGGCAUAGUGAAAAAAUAUCAUCAUCUCGAAUCUGUGCACUGGGCAGUGCGCCCUGUGAUUGUUACUUUGGGUUUCUUGACUGUUUUGAAACUUGGAAUGUUUGUGGGUUGUAUUGGUUCCAAAGCAAGGAGAAGAAAGAUAAAACAGAGUAGUCAGCAGCCUUUGGAUGCCCAAACUACAGGACAAGAUCCUCAUAAUUCUGGAGCAGUUCUUUCUCCCAAGGAAAACGUGCUUAACAAAAGGAGUUAUAUUCGACUCAAAUAAGCAAGUUUAUGCACGUUGUGAAUCCAUUGCAACUUGGAUGGACAAGAACCGGAUUUGUCAAGGAAACAUGUACAUGCACUUUUUUCCAACAAGAAUUCAUUGACUUAUAUUUGUGCUAAACAAUAUUGUAUAUCAGUACAUCUGGUAAACUGGCCUGCGUUGUAUAAUUGAUUUGGACAUGCCAAAUUACAUAUGCUGCUAUUCUACUGAAUAGGAUCAGAAUUUGGAGCAGUUGGUUUGUAGCUGUUGUGAUUUUAUUAACGAAUUAUAUGAUUUGUAUUGCCUCCUGAGGCGAGUUUCUAAAAAUGCACCUUCAGGCUGGCUUUUAUGUCAGCUUAUGUCUCUUUUCAAUUAUUAGUAUUUACUAUUACCAAUA